AUGACCUUCGCUACCCUCGCUCAAACAUGCCUUUGUCUUCUUCCUGUUUAUUUCAUCGUUCGACAUGUGUAUAGGAUUUACACCUCACCGAUACGGCACUUUCCUGGACCACCCUUGUCCAGUAUAAUAUUCGGCAACCUCAAGGAAGUUUUCGCUUCAGAAAACUCCGUCAUUUUCGAAAAGUGGAACGAAGAAUAUGGUCCAACUAUACAAUACAGGGCCUUUUUCGGUGUCAGGCGUUUGUACACUGUCGACAUAAAAGCUCUUUCACAUAUCUUGAAUAAUCAUUACGAUUACCAAAAACCGGAAGAAGCAAGAUUUAUGUUGAGUGAAGUUCUUGGAGAUGGCAUUCUUAUCACUGAAGCAAAGAAACACAAAUUCCAGCGAAAAGUCAUGAAUCCUGCCUUCGGCGCACCACAAAUCCGCCAACUCACCGAUAUUUUCGUCAAUAAAUCCAUGGAGCUUCGAGACGCCUGGAAAUUAGAAAUUGAGGCUGGGUCUAACUCCAAUGCUAAUGAAACAGUUCGCAUCGAUGUUUUGUCUUGGCUAAGCAAGAUGACAUUGGACGUUAUCGGUUUAGCAGGCUUCAAUUAUGAAUUCAAUUCUAUCAACCCGCUAGACGGAAAACCGAACGAGCUGAGCUCGGCGUUUACCACCAUCUUUUCUCAAUCAUUGACAAGAUCAAAAAUAUGGCCCAUAAUUCGCGUGUAUGUAACUCCUCUGAGGCGACUGCCAGCUCUUCAAUCGGGGAUAAUAACAAACGCUCGCAACACGAUGAUUCGCAUUGGAAGACACCUUAUGGAUGACAGUAAGCGAACACUCGCUCAAGACUCCGACAAGAAAGCAGCUGGAAGGGACCUUCUUUCCCUACUCGUUAAGUCAAACAUGAACGAGAAAGACGCGGAGAGAAUGAGUGACGAAGACGUCUUGGCUCAGGUUCCAACAUUUCUAGUUGCAGGCCAUGAAACCACCAGCGUGGCAACGACUUGGGCUCUUUUUGCUCUUGCGCAACAUCUUGAAGUGCAACGCAAGUUGCGAGACGAACUAUUGGCUGUGUCAACGUCCAGUCCUACUAUGGAUGAGUUGAACGCGUUACCUUAUCUGGAUUCCUUCGUUCGUGAAGCUUUGAGAUUGUAUGCUCCGGUACCAGCGACAAGGAGGAUAGCAGUAAGGAACGGGGUGAUUCCUUUGGGUGAGCCUGUCGGGGGUCGAGAUUAUGUGGAGGUUAAGAGCGGUCAGAAUAUUCUGAUCAACAUACUAGUAUUGAAUCGGAGUAAGAAGCUGUGGGGAAAAGAUGCGAAGGAUUUCAAACCUGAACGCUGGCUAAACGGAUCUAUCGAUACAGCGCUGCCUGGUGUUUGGGGAAAUAUGAUGACCUUUUUGGGUGGAGCGAAGUCAUGCAUAGGAUACCGGUUUUCUCUUGUGGAAAUGAAAGCCCUUCUGUUCGCGCUCGUCAGAGAGUUCGAAUUCGAGUUAGCUGUACCCCGUGAGGAUAUUGGAAGUGAGCAAUCGGUCGUCCAGAGGCCUUUUAUAAAGUCGCAAAAGCAUAAAGGGAGUCAGCUACCUUUACUCGUGAGGAUUUACAACCCAUAA